AGAAAAGCUGAAGUUCCCUGCGAGUCUCAGGUGUUGUCUGCUGUGUGUAGGUGAUUUACCUGUAAGGUGAGGACACGCCCCUGUUCAGAACACACAUGUAUGACUGGACAGAGCUGCUGUGACUCCGCCCUGCACAGGUAAACUUGCCCAUGAAUUGGAGCAGAAAGUGACACCAGGAUGGGAGGGCUAGCGAGAACGUGCCAGAACUGAGGCCAAACUCUCACUCCCCUGCUGCAUUCAGGACCGCUGCUCACUGGAUAUUUCCUUGUGUUUCUGCCUGUGCAGAGCCCGGGAGACGAAUGAUGACUAACUGAAACUUAUUGAAUCAAUGGACUCGAGAAAUCUCCCUGGCACAAUGUUGAGGCCAGCAGACGCAUCGUCCAAGAGGCGCCCGUGUGGCGGAAGUGGGCCAAACUUGCCUCCUCCUCCCCCUACCUCCUCCUCGCACCAGCAGGGCCGUAUCCACGCCGUGGAGGUGGCACGAGGGAGGACAGGGUACGGCUUUACUCUUUCUGGUCAAGGCCCAUGCAUCCUCAGCUGCAUCCUGAAAGGGAGCCCUGCAGACUAUGUGGGCUUACGUUCUGGAGACCACAUCCUCUCUGUUAAUGACAUCAAUGUGUCCAAGGCCUCACAUGAAGAUGUGGUCAAGCUGAUUGGACGCUGCUCUGGUGUUUUGAAACUAGUCAUCGCUGAGGGAGAACGUCAAAGGCGCCACCAUCACCACCAACGCGCCGCUGGAAAUCGCCAUCACAGCAGCACUACUUUGGGAGCAUCUCACCUGGACUCAUGCUCGAGCGAUGAUGAGUUGGAUGGCUUCUAUGACAACAGUGUUAACAAUAACAAUAACAGCAGGUCAGGCUGUGGCGCUCGUGGGGGGUUGUACAAACCCAAAAUGGAUUCUAAGCAGCUGGGCAUCAACAGGGCAGAGAAGGUGGUGGCCGAGCUGCAGUCCGGAGGAAUCUUUAACAUGAUCUUUGAGAACUCCAGCCAGUCGUCCAGUAGCUCGGACAAGGAGAGGCCGGGGGUUAGCUCAUCAUCAAAGCCUCGUCCUCUGUCUGAUCCCGAGUUCCCACAGUAUCGGAGCUCCUCCUGUACCCAGAGCAAUCCCAACCUGCUCUCUGAGGAGGAGAUGGCUCAAGUUCUGAAUGACGAUUCAGUCUUCCUGGAAUCAGACUUCCGUCACAUCCACAUCGACCCGCAUGAAGAGCAAGACGUAGAUGUAGGAGAUGAGGGCGACUUGGGCCUGGAGCCUGGCGAAGGCAUCCUCAACGUGGGCAUGAUCGUUGGCUACCUGGGCUCCAUUGAGCUGGCCUCCUCUGGGACGAGUUUAGAGAAUGACAGCUUGCAGGCCAUCAGGGCCAGCAUGAGGCGUCUCAGAGCCGAGCAAAAGAUUCAUUCAUUGGUCCUAAUGAAGGUCAUGCAUGACAGUGUGCGUCUAUGCAGUGACAGGGGUCUGGUCCUGGCCACCUAUCCUGCAGAGAAACUAGCCUUCAGUGCUUGCUGUCCCGACGAUCGGCGAUUCUUUGGACUGGUCACGAUGCAGGCCACCGACGACCACGACUAUCAUCGCUUUAGCAACGGACAAGAUGAAGAUGGCGGUUUGAGGACUUCCUGUCACGUGUUCAUCGUGGACCCAGACCUCUGUCACCACCAGGUCCAUUUAGGUGUAGCCAGGAGGUUUGGCUUUGAGUGUACCCCCGACCCGGACACAGGAGGCUGCCUGGAAUUCCCGCCCAGCUCUCAGCCUCUCCUCCAGUUUGUCUCUGUCCUCUACCGAGACAUGGGCGACAACAUUGAGGGGGUUCGGGCCCGGGCCUUCCACGAUCCAGACAACGACGCCCAACAGAACCACAGCACCAGCAGCAACAGUGAUAGUGGGAUUGGCAACUUUUUACCAGAGGAGAAGAGCAACCGAGUGCUUUUAGUGGACCUCGGAGGUCCUCCUAAUCACAACCACAUCUCUGGGCCACGCCACUGGGACAGCCCUACUUCCUCCCAGCAGGCCUGGAGCCCCACCCUAGGAGCCGCCGCCUCUCUCCCACCUCCUCCUCCUCCUCCUCCGCCAGCUCUGAGAAAUGGCCACUACCGCCAUGACCCACACCUGGCUGACCUCCCUCACCCUCUACCCUUGGCUCACCCUGAUGUCUCCAGCAGGCAUUCGCGAGGGGUCCACCCUCACCACUACCAACUGGCGAAGCGGGGAGGAGCUGUGGGAGGAGGAGAAAAGAGAGGGGCUGGAGGAGCAGUAGGGGUGGAGCCACAGCGGUGGCUCCCAGUCCAUGUGCUUAGAGACUGGCGCCAGCAGCACCACAACAGCCACCUCCAGGGCCUGAGCAGCGACCAGGAGUCUUAUGCUGAAUCCACUGACGGGUGGUCAUCGGCCAACUGCAGCACCUUGCCUCCACCCAUGAAUAAGAUCCCUGCAGACCGCUACCGGGCUCCACUAGCUCCGGGAGACCACCUGCCACCACCUGGAGGGAGCCAGCCACCUCCUCCGGCACAUCCCAGCUCCCACACCCAACGGCUGGCCGCUCAGAAAGAUGAGUGGGCCAAGAAGCUGUUUGGCGCUGCAGACAGGGAGAGGCCUCGAGCAGAGAGAAGUGAAAGAGAGAAGAAACGGAGGAAUGCAAAGGAGGGAGAGAAAAAGGGCAGUCGGUUCCGUGGUCUCACAAUGGGCUUCCCUCCUCUCCCGCAGCGCUCGUCAGCCCGACGCUCCUUCAGACGCUCCAAACGCCACAGCAUGGCCCGCUCCCUGGACGACUUGGAGCUGUAA